AUGUACUAUUUUUCUAGUUCUCUAGUUCUCUUCCUCUCCAAUCUCGCAUUCGCUUCUGCAGUAGGGUGCGGCGAUGCCGACGCCUGUAUCGGCACCGAGGUCUGCACUACUGUCACCUUCACGACCCCAAGUGCCACCACCAUCACCACCUGCGUCCCUACCCCUACCUGUUUGGGUGUUUAUUCGGACUGCGUGCUGCCCGACAACACCCUGGGCAAUUGCUGCUCGGGCUACUGCGCCGCAAAUAAGUGUCGACCAACCGAUCCGAAUUGGCCAAACUGCCAGGAGGGCAACGGGCCUUGCCUAAGCGAUGCCAACUGCUGCUAUGGGAAUCAAUGCGUCAAUGGGCUUUGCACGCGCAAGCAGGCGUGUGGUGCCUAG